AUGGAAGUGGACGAGCGCCCAUGGAUCCCAGUCACUAAAAAGACCCACCCUCCCUCUUCUUUCUCCAUCUUCAUCGGCAAUAUUACUUUCGAUACUAUGGUGGAGGAUCUCAAUUGGAUUUUCGGGGCGUAUGGUAAACUAGUAGAUGUAUUCCACCCUACGGAUAGGGCUCGAAAUCGAUCUAGGGAAUUUUCAUUUGUGCGCUUCCGAUAUGAGCAAGAUGCAAUCAAUGCUAAGAACUGUCUUCAUAGGAGAAGGGUCGAUGGUAGGAUCAUUACAGUGGAAAGGGCGAAGAAUCAGAAUGACCAUUCCACGCCUACCCUGCAAAACCCCAAUCGCAGCUCCCGUCAUCAGCAAAACCCUAGUUCUUCUUGGGACAGGAGUCUACCAUCCCCUCCAUCUUAUUUGGACAAGGCCUUAAACAAUCCUCCUUUAUAUUCGGAAAAGGCCUUACCCCCCCUUCCUGUGACCCAGGCAGAGUAG